CCUAAUAUCGAUGCGACCGAUAACUCCGAUUCUAGGGAAGCCUCAAAUUCAACCGAGCUAACAACUCCGGAACCCACCUAUCUUCCUAAUAAUCGUAGUAGGCCUUCCACCCAUCCAAAACGACCUAUACGUCGCCUAGCGGACGCUAGUGUUCUGCCCGAUUUCAGCGAUAACCCUAAUGACGACACAGACGAGGAUAUUACAAACGUACCACUUGAGUAUAGGCGCUCAGAACAAACCAAGCUCCAAGCCUUCAAAGUCCCUACGCUUUCCUCUAUAGAGCGCCUUCGAAAGCUAUUCGUUUAA